AAGCGAAAAUAUAUUUAAAUGGAAAAUUUUGUUAUCGUUUUUUUGGCUCUGCUGUUUUUUGCUGUAUCCAUUGGGGCAGUCGACAAUUAUAGUAAUUACAAUAAAACGGAAAAACGCGUUCGAAACAUAAUCCCGCUCAAGAAUAAGCAGAAGUUCAUAAAUAAAUCAAUUAUAAAAUAUAAAGAUACAGUGAUUGAACUACAAAAACUGAAAAUAACAUCACAGAGAAACAUUUUAAAAACACAAGAGGCUAAUCUAACUAAAUGUUUGACAGAGCUAAAUAGGGCUUCCUUUCACGAUGAGCUCAUCACUCAACUAAAACGAACAAUUGAGCAACAAAAGUUGCACAUUGAGAAUCAAACUGGUGAACUUAGUCUUCGAAAUAACAGAAUCGAGGCACUUGAAGCCACAAAUAAACAAAACGAUAUUGAUCAGAAACAAAGUGAAUCUCAGCAGAACAUUUUUAGAACCCAAGAGCGGCAUCUAACUAAUUGUUGGUUACAGGUUGAUAGCCAAAAAGAGAUCAUCGCUAAACUAAAGCAAAAAAAUGAGCAACAAGAACAUCAAAUCCAAAAUCAAUCUAAACUUCAACAAACCAUUAACGUGCAAGAAAAUCAAAUACAAAAUCAAGAAACUGAGCUUGCUCUCCGAAGAAACAAAAUCGAAACUCUCGCAGACGAAAAUAAACAAAAAGAUGUUGAAAUUAAUCAAUUGAAAAAAGACCUCGACUAUGAAAAACUCAAAUAUGAAGAAUUGUUGAACGAAUUCGGUAAUGUCACAAAACCAGAUAUUGAAAAUACUGAAGAAAAACUACUCAGCAAACAACUCGAAGAUGCAAAAUUGGAAAACCAAAAAUUAUUGACCAAAUAUGAAGAAAAAGUUCGUGAACUCCAAAACGAAAAAUCCGCUAACAAAAAUUGUGAGAAAUAUUUUGAUGAGCUAGAAAUAUCGCAUGGUAUACUCACACGCUUUGUUAAGGACUUAGAGACUAACAACACUGAGCUGGCCUCCAAAUACAACCAACAAACUACAGAAAACAAAAACUUAAUUUCAAGUAAUACUCAAUUAUCAGAUAAACUCACGGUCUGCCUGACGACUUUAAAGCAAAAGAGCGCUGUUAUUCCAUGUGAUAAAUUAACCUGUCCCGCAUUUGGCAACUAUAGCGCUGCACAUGUUGUUAAUAUCGAAAAUGAACAAUCAUUUAAAAUACCCUGUAAUUCGGAUGAAAGCAAUUCAGAUUGGUCCGUAAUUGAACGUCGCUUGGAUCAGUCACUUGACUUCAACCGCCGAUGGAUUGAAUAUCGCGAAGGAUUCGGAGACUUUCAAAAUGAGUUCUUUAUUGGCUUGGAGAAACUGCAUCUCAUGACGAAACAACGACCUCACCAGCUGCUCAUUCGAUUGGGAGUUGGAAGCGAAAUUAUGCUUGCUAAAUAUAGUCACUUUGAAAUUGCAGGAGAAGAUGAGAACUAUGCCAUACGAUCUCUAGGCAAAUUCAGUGGCGAUGCUGGCGACGGAAUGCGAGAGAGUGAGGGAAAAAGUUUCAGCACCUUCGAUAGGGAUAAUGAUUUGAGCUCUGAAAGGAAUUGUGCCCAGAUUUCUAAAGGCGGCUGGUGGUUUGCUGAUUGUGGUACCACAAAUCUAAACUUCAAACAUCAUAGCAGGGUUAUGAGACUGGUGCUCUGGAACAAUCUCAUGGAUCAUCUCGCGCCUAUCGAAAUGUUGAUACGUCCAACGUAAAACGAAUCCAAUUUUAAAUAUUAAUACUAUUUAUAUAUGUCUAUAAGUAUUGUUUUAUUACUUUUUUCUUAAUAGCUUUGUAGGCGGUAUCAAAUUAGAAUUUGACGACAAAUCGAAGUAAAAAUCAAAACUGAAAUGAACUUGUACUAAAUACUAAUGCACUUAUAAUCAUAACUAUUCAUUACAUAUGUAAGUAUUCAAUUUGUUUCAGUUAAGUGAAAUUGUGCCGCUUAAAUGUUAACUAUGCGAUUCCAAAUUUCGAUUUCAAUUUCGAUUUCGAUAUUUUACAGGCUUUUGGAAAAUAUAUACGUUGGUUAACUUUGUUUUGUUAAUUUGCAUAGAUCUAUGAGUUCCUAAAUAGAUAUAUGUCUAUAUAAGUCUAUAUAUAUGUAUAUAUACGUGUAUAUAUAGUAUGUUAAGUAAGCCUAUGUGUAGAAAAGAUGAUAGACAGAUGCUGAGCACACAAAUAGACGAGGAAUUAAGUUUGUGUUGCUGAAUAUUCAGUUAAUAAUAAGCUAGAGUUUGAUUACAGAUUACAGAAAAGAGGGGGACAAGUUUGUUCUGUUUGUUGCUUGCUUUGUUGCUCUCUUAAAGGCCUAGGCAAAAAUUGUUUAACUAAAACUACGAACUAGAUGGUGGCUCAAUGCUUGGCAUCCUUGAGGGCCUGCUCCUCGCGAUCGGCAUCUAUGAGCGAUUGCUUGCGUUUGUUAUAGUUGCCGGAUUCCACCUGUUGCUUGGCAUCGAUGAGCGAAUGCUUGCGCUUGUACUUCUCCAUCUCAGAGUCGGAGUCAUCGUCAUCAUGAUGCUGCAGACAGGGGAAGUCGAACAUGCGUUCGCCCUUGCCGAAUACCUCACCCUCUUCAAUGGUGGUUGGUAGACUCCUAAGAAAAUAACAUUUCAAUUUUAGCUAAAUACUAUACAUUUAUUAUUGAUUCCACUUACCUGUUUAGCGUUUCGGGCAGCAGCAGGCAAACGAAGGAGCCGGCAAAGAAGAGCACGCCCAGUAUGAUUGAGGGCGCUGCCUUGAAGAACGUGCCCAGCCAGAGGAUA